UCCUGCUGCUCCAUCGAUCCAUCUGAACUCUGACUUUUUGCCAAAUCAAACCGAGAUGGUUCUGACUGCCGGCUCCGCCUUCACCAUCAGUUGCCAUGGCAAUGGUUCGAUCCGCUGGUCUAGCACUGCAUUUUGUCUGCUGUACCAGGACAAACUGCCCAACCCGGUGGAAGUCAACAGCUCAGUCCCUCGACACACUGGAACAUUCCGCUGUGGGUACACCACCCAGGGCCUGGAACACCUGGACACCUGGAUCCACCUGUACAUCAAAGACCCAACCGACCCAUCCAGUGUGUUCGUCACUCCUCGCAGAGACCCUGAUGCCAAAGAAGGACAGGACUUCCUGUUCAAGUGUCUGCUGACUGACCCAUCUGUGAAAAAUCUCACCCUCCAAUCGGAGAGCAGGGAGGGGGGCCUCCCCCAGGGCAUGAAUGUGACCUUUGACCCCCACAGAGGGGCCCUAAUCCGAGACCUGCAGAGGUCGUUCAACGGCCGCUAUGUGUGUUCAGGCUGGAGGGAUGGGAAGCAGUUCAGAUCCAAAUGUGUCAACCUGAUGGUGGUCCCCAGGCUGCGUCCUCCCACCCUUUCUGUCAGUCAGGAUAAAUUCGUCUGCCUGGAAGGAGAAAAGUUUGAGGUCACCUGUUUGACUAGUAACCCCUCCCACCUCUACUAUCUCACCUGGACACACCCAAACAUACAGGCACUGAACAUGACUCUCAGCCGUCACUAUAGCAACCACCGCCUGUACAUCAAUGGCACUCUGACUGUCUCUGCUGUCAGUCUGAAACACAGUGGACCAUACACGUGUACCGCCACCAACGAAGAUGGAGUCGCCACGGCAACCACACAGCUCAGAGUUCUGGAUCAUCCUUACCUGAGGAUCUAUCUGCAGCCAACACGGCAUGCUAAUGCUAACACCAAGUCCACAGACGUCAAGUACCUGUUUGCUAAUGUUAGCAUCAUGCCAGUGGAUGUGCAACGAGAGCCAGAUGCUAACAUUAGCCAUGCUUCACCGCAAGUGAAUCGUGAAAUGAUUGCUUAUGUUAACCCCAAAAGGACAGAUGGUGCUAGCAGUGCUAAUAUUAGUGGCAGUAGCAGAGUGGAAGUGUAUGAAGGCCAAGAUGUGACGCUAACAUUUGUGAUGGAGGCGUAUCCUCCAAUCAGCAACCAGGACUGGAUGACACCAACACACACCAACAGCAAGAACAACACAGUGUACCAUGAGAGCUACACUGCUAAUGGCUACAGGUCGGAGGCGAGCCUGCUGCUGCGGCGGGUCCGUAAGGAGGAUCAAGGUCGAUACUCGUUUCAUUUCUCAAACUCGUUCUUCAGCGGCUUGCAGAACGUCGAUCUACGAAUCUUCCGUUCUCCGAGUGUUGAGGUCAUUCUGCAGAAUGACACCCUGACUUGCAUCAGCUCUGGAUAUCCACGACCCACAAUCCUCUGGUACACCUGUGCUGGAGUCCAAGACACGUGUGGAGAUGUCUCCACCUAUCAGGUGUCUCCAGCUAAUGUGACCUCACAGGAGCAAGAGGAGGAAGAGGUGAGGAAACACUUCCCUCUGUCAGCUGGUGAUGAUGUCACUGUCGAGUGUGUUGCCUCCAAUAAGAUGGGAAAGUCUCGUGAUGUCUUCAGACCCUGGAAGUCUCAGAGUUCUAUAGGAGAACCUCAAAUGUUCUUCACUCCGGCUCUGAUUGGAGCUCUGAGCGCUGCUGCCGUCCUCCUCCUAUUGCUAUUGUUUGUCUUUUACCAGUGGAGACAGAAACCCAAGUAUGAGAUACGCUGGAAGAUCAUCGAGAGCACAGACGGAAAUAACUACACCUUUGUUGACCCCACCCAGUUGCCGUACAACCACAAGUGGGAGUUUCCACGAGACAAACUCCGCCUUGGUGCUGUUUUGGGUUCGGGAGCAUUUGGGAAGGUCGUCGAGGCAACAGCAUACGGUCUGGGAACUGACAACAACGUCACUAGAGUCGCCGUCAAGAUGCUGAAACCGAGUGCUCACUCAGAGGAACGUGAAGCUCUGAUGUCAGAGCUGAAGAUUCUCAGCCAUCUUGGUUACCAUGACAACAUCGUCAACCUGCUGGGAGCCUGCACUCGAGGAGGUCCCAUGCUGAUGAUCACAGAGUACUGUAGCCAUGGUGACCUGCUGAACUUCCUGCGGGCUCACGCUCAGGACUUCAUGACGUCCAUUUUGAGUGUGGAUGAAGUCGAGGAGGAGGCUUUCUAUAAGAACAUGGCCGCCCAGAACAGCAGACUCAGGAGUGACAGUGGGAUCUCGUGCUGUUCAGAGUAUCAGGAGAUGCUGCCAGUUCUCAACCCAGGACAAACACACCAGGGUGUACAGACAGACAGCCUAUCUGUCAGUGACCUCAUGAGGUUUUCGUACCAGGUGGCUCAGGGUCUGGACUUCCUGUCCACCAGAAAUUGUAUCCACAGAGACGUGGCGGCAAGAAACGUCCUGCUGACUGAUCGUCGCGUUACAAAGAUCUGUGACUUUGGUUUGGCUCGAGACAUUCGCAACGACGACAGCUACAUCGUUCAAGGAAACGCCCGCCUCCCGGUGAAGUGGAUGGCUCCUGAGAGCAUCUUUCAGUGUGUUUACACUGUGCAGAGUGACGUCUGGUCGUAUGGAGUCUUACUGUGGGAGAUCUUCUCUCUGGGUAAGAGUCCGUAUCCCAAUGUUGCCGUGGAUACCAACUUCUACAAGAUGAUCAUGGAUGGCGGUCACAUGGCUCGGCCAGACUUUGCUCCAGCAGAGAUGUAUCAGCUGAUGACUCUCUGCUGGAGUCUGGAGCCCACCGACAGACCAACCUUCAAAACCAUUGGUCAGCUCGUCAAUGGGCUCCUCCCCUCCGCCAAUGACACAUCGCCACGUCACACCCAUCAGUCGACGUACAGGAACAUUGAUGAGUGCAGAGAGGAAGAGGAGGAGGAGGAGGUCAUAGGAGGAGGAGAAACACUGAAGAGAGGAGAAGAAGAAGAGCGGGAGCAGAGAGAGCUCCGAGAUGAUGAAGAGGAGGAGAAGGAGCUGAUGAUGAAGAACAUCUACCAGCUCUCCUGAUCGUCUCGUCCAAUCAGAAUCUGUUUCUCACUUUUAGUUUAUAACAAAUGAAAGGUGAACAUUUGAGAGCAAACUGAUUUCAUGUUUCUGACGAGACGAACAGCGUCCUCGUCACUCUGAGGACAAACCUUUAUUCAAACGUCCGUCCUGAACAGACAUGAAGGGACGUCUGGGUGCAGUCAUGUGAUCCUCUGCUCUGAUUGAACAGCUGACAGUGUUGUGAUUCAUUUUUCCUGUUUUUCUGUCUGGGGAACUCGUUAAAGACUUGUCGUAGAGAUGUCGUCAGUUUUCCCUCCUCUUUGUUUAAAGUUCACAAAGUUCAAGAUAAACCAACUCUGUGUUUCUGUUCCCGCUGGAAUCAGGACAAUCUUGAUUGGCUCUCUUCAGGCCGUCACCCGCGUCUGUGUCAAACGAGAUUUGAAUAAAGUUGAGCCUUUCAGGUCUCAUUCACAAUGAAUAGCAAACGUCUAUGGUGGCCCGGAGAGCUCAACACUGUAACUGAAGAAAACACAUGAGCUGUUUCCAGGGGACACUGAAAAGUGAUGAACCAGGUGGGGACAACGAUUGAAGUGUGUUGAGCUAAAACCGUCGAAUCAAAUUUUUCCUACAAAUGUUAUAAAGCAUCAGAUUGAUGACAUCACAAUAACAUCACUUUCAUCUCUACCAUAACUGUUAAACUGUGUGUUCACACUGAUGACUCAUUGUCAUCAUCUGUCUCUGUGAUUGGCUCAGCUGCUCCAGAGCCAUGACAGCAGGGAUGUGAUUGGCUGACUAAAUGUUUUCAGCUGCACCACCAACCAAACUCAGUCAUUUUCUAAGCAUUAAAAAUAUUCCAUUUUAUUUUUGAUGUGACACAUAAAAGAAAUGAUAAUAAUAAAAUAUUUUUCAAAGAGUCGCCAAUUAAAUUCGAUUAAAUUCAAUUAGUUCAUUAAAUGUCUUUUCGAAAAUGACAAAAUUUCUUUUUUAACUCACAAUCAACCAAACUUAAAUUUUCUAAACGUUGUUUUUGUUAUUAUUAGUGAUUAUUGAUCAGGAUUUUCUUCAUCAGACAUUGGACCAGAUUAAACUGGAGUGACUCAGCAGAGACGGAUAUAUGAAUCCAGUCUCAGGUCUGGAUCAGGUCACAGAUGUUAAAGGGUUUGAUCUCAGCAACAUUUAACCAGAUCUUGUUUUUCAGUCAUUUUAAAAUUGUUAUUGAUCAGAUGUAAAUCCAGACUGAAAAUGAAUUUUCAUGUUGUUUAUUUUCAUUGUAAAAAAUAAAAUCAAACAAUCAGCUGA